AGCAGUGGCCUUACGUGGUCUCACGUUAUUUGUAUGUUUUCACUGUUUAGAAAUAUUUAUUGCAAUACAUAAUGCAAUUUAAAUUAUUGUCAGUGAUUAGAGCGAAAAGUUUAUCUGUGAACAUAUGUGUUGAUCGAAACAAUAAUGCUAUUACUAGGUAGGCCCACCGAUACAGAGACGAUGAAGUGUAAUCAAAACCAUUCUAACACAAAAAUGAUUUUGGACAAGUGUAAAACCGUUCUAAUGCUAUCCAGUGUGGUGUGUACGUUGGCUGUUGUUAUCUCUUUACAUAAAUUAUUGUAUUAUGAAGUCAAACUUAUCAGGCCGUUCUCUCCCAUACCAAUGGGAUUGUAUGGGAAUCACUUAGAACCAUUUGAAGAAAUUUCUCCAAUAAAUAAUAAUCCAAAAAAACAAGAUAAAGCCAGAGAUUCCGAGGCAGUAGUGUCUCUCAACGCAGCAUUAGAAAUGAAAAGAAAUGGUAAGGCAGACAAGGCAAUGAAACUCUUCCAACAUGCAUUUGCACUGUCUCCAAAGCAUGCUGAUAUAUUGAACCACUAUGGGGAGUUCCUAGAGGAUACGCAAAAGGAUAUUGUAAAGGCAGAUCAGCUCUACACAUUGGCCUUAUCAAAUUUCCCAGAACACACUGGCGCCUUAAUGAACAGGCAGCGAACAGCAAGCAUUGUAGAGAAUUUAGACAGGGAAAUGCUGAGAAAGAUUGAUGACAAGAGAGAUGCCUUGCUCUCUAUACCGGAAAAUAACUCUGCAUUACGUAGAGCAAAAAAAGAAGCCUAUUUCCAGCACAUAUAUCACACAGUGGGCAUUGAAGGUAAUACUAUGACUUUGCAACAGACAAGGAGCAUAUUGGAGACACGAAUAGCUGUUUCAGGGAAGAGUAUAGAUGAACAUAAUGAGAUUCUUGGGCUAGAUGCAGCUAUGAAAUAUAUAAACUCGACAUUGUUGUAUAGGUUACGAGGUAUCACUAUGGGGGAUAUACUAGAGAUCCACAAACGGGUGCUAGGGCAUGUGGAUCCUAUAGAAGGAGGACAGUUUAGAAGAACUCAGGUGUAUGUGGGUGGCCACAUACCACCAGGACCAUCAGAGAUACAGCAAUUGAUGGCCCAAUUUUUAGAAUGGCUAAAUUCAGAAGAUGCUUUAGAUCUUCAUCCAGUAAGAUAUGCUGCAUUAGCUCACUAUAAAUUAGUCCACAUACACCCAUUCAUAGAUGGCAACGGACGAACGUCGCGGCUCCUCAUGAACCUUCUCCUGAUGCAGGCUGGUUAUCCCCCAGUGAUCAUCGCUAAGCAACAUCGUCACCUGUAUUAUCAACACUUACAGACGGCCAAUGAGGGUGACGUCAGGCCUUUUGUGAGGUUUAUAGCGCAAUGUACUGAGCGCACAUUGAACCUGUAUCUGUGGGCGACAAGCGAAUAUUCGCAUAUGGUGCCCGCGAUCGGCGAGCCGCACAUACUUACUGAAGCAUUCGACGAUGACAUACUAUGACCUUGUACUUAAUACUUAGGUUUAAGUUAGACCAUCAUCGUAUUAGCUAGUAACUGUCCACUAUUAAAAACAUAGGCCUCCUCCAUAUACUGCCUUUACCACUGAGAGGUUUAAUUUAGAUGUUUCAUACAAAACCUCACAGGCGUAUGCCUUUGUCUGCUAGUUCUCAAUGACCAAGGCGAACUAUAGAAAGUAUCAUCAUCUGUCCACUGCUGAACAUAAGCCUCCCCCUUAGGGGAAUUUGCCAGUAGUUGCCACGCUUGGCAGGCGGGUCGGCAACAGCAAUUAGGCUUUAGAGAUGUUUUAAGAGGGGCGCUGCUGCCUAUCCCUCGCCCUCCCUUAGUCGCCUCUCACGACACCCACGGGAAAGGAAGGAGUGGCCUAUUUUAUAGGAAGUAUGGUGUUUUAUUAUUGUAUUUGGUGCUCAAAUUUUAGCAACAAUGCAUUUUAAUGUAUAAAUUACAACAUAAUAGAAAACUAAUAUAUAUGUAUGAAAAUAUUGGUACUUCUUAAACUUAAGUCUCUUUUUAAUAUCGUGAAAUGAGCACAAACUUAAUUUAUAUACAAAUAAGUGCAUUUUUGUAUAUAUGUCUUAGUUGAUUGUAUGCAAUUUUUUUAUUUAAUGCUGGGUUUAUACAAUUGCCAGAACUCGGCAAGCGCGCACAAAUAUAAACAUGUCAAUGCGGUUUUUGUGCUCAAAUAGUAGAAACUGCAGCAAUAGUCUCCAUACCAAUUGUAAUUCACGCUUCAGCAUUUGCCACGUGUAACUCUUAAAACUUGUAUGUAGUGAGCGUGUAAAUCAAACCUAAUAAUGAUCUGCUUGUUAGAAAACUUAUGCUUAUUGCGUUGACAAAAUAUUUUGUAAAUAAGGACUCUUGUAAAUAAUCCCUGUUUAAUUUAUGUACAUAACUAGUAUUUAUAUAAACAAAUCAAUACUUACUUCCAUUUUAUGUUACAGUUGCCUGCAGGCAGGCAUUUGUGAAAGUGUUAAAUCAAUUCUUAAUUUGUUAACUAUUCAAAUAAUGACAAGUAUGAAAACGCCUCAGUGUUUUAUAUUUUAUUAUUUAAAAAAUGGAUUUCCGUCCAUCUUAAGAGAUUGCUUCAGGUAAGAUCGUAGAUUGAAAUGAAUUAUUAUUAAAAUUGUUGAAAAAUAACUACCACGAGUCGUACUGUAUUGUUAUUAUUUAAAAGCAAAAUCCAGAUUUAAAAAGUUAGUAAUUACAUUACUAGAAUUAUUAAAUUAUUGAAAUGGACUAAAAUAUAUUAUAUACAUGAAUUACUUAUUUGGCUAAGACUUUGAACUUUCAAAUCGACAGUAAAAAAGUUUGAAAAUUUGUUGUUUUAUAUCCAAUACGGUCAUUAAUUUUUUUUUUACUCCAGGCUCCCCCUCUUGCGGGGUCUUGCCAGUCGUUGCCACGCUUGACAGACGGGCUGGAAACCGUAGUUAGGCUUUAGUGAUGUUUUAUUAGGGAUUGUGCUACCCGUCCUUCGACCAAUGAAUUCCCUUAUUCGUCUCUUACGAUACCCUCGGAAAGAAGAAAGGACCUUUGAAAUACUCGUAUAAAAUAAUUUUUCUUGGAAAUUUGUUAGCCUAAUACAAAACCAAAACUUACCAGUCUUUUGGAAAGCAAGAUAGGUAUCUUACUUUAUCGUUUUGUAUUAUAUUCCCUGUUAUUGUUAUUUUAUAUCUACUAGCACUUUAGAUAUCGUCAUAGUCGUAGAAUACUGACGGAUCUUUAUAUGUAAUCUUUGUCAGAUCCGUCAGUAUUCUACGACUAUGACGAUAUGGUGCUGUCAUUCUGAAGCAAUUAGAAUCCAUUUUUAAUUUUAACAAGGACAUUUUCACUAUGAGUUAUUGUUCUUAUAAUAAAAAUACUGUUGUCAAAUAUUGACUGUAUUUGUUCGAGUGUGUAUUUAAAGUGCACAAUUUGUACUAAGUGUGUUAUGAAACACGCCUUGAGUGUAUUUUUUUUCUCAAUUUAAAACUAACCAAAGAAAAUCGUAUUGUGCCUAUUUAUUUUGAAGAAUCAUUUGAAACGCUGUGAUAAAGUUAUUUAUUUCUCAUGUAUAUUUGUAUAGAUAUGUAUUUUAUUGUUAUAAUAAUUUGUUGUGUUAAUAUAAUUAAGAUUCAGUAAUUGUGUUGGAUCAGUAACAAAUAUGUAAAAAAAGACAAUUUAUAUUACCCAUUUACUCGAGAUAAAUGGAUAACGUAAAGUAGCUUUUAUAUAAUAUAUACAAACUAGUUGUUUCCUAUGUUUAUAUAGAUAUAUAUUUAUAAAUAGCCACUCUAAUAUAUAUAUAUAUAUAUAUAUAUAUAUAUAUAUAUAUAUUGUUGUAUAAACCAAGGUAGAAUCAGUAACAUACAAAAAUCAAUGAAAAUAUCCAAAUUCCGAAAAUCCCUGCAACAAUCAAAUAUAUUUCAUACAUAAAAACUAAAUGGACUUGAGAAAUUAAAAAUUAGCUAAUACUCAAUUGUCGACAAUAGCAGAAUCAUAAUAAUAUCCCAGUGUUGGUCGACUUCUGGUGCUGACUGUACUAAGCAAUUUUUUUUAUUGUUGGCAUUUGGAGUAAUUUGGAAUACAUCUGUACAGAGUGAGAACACUUCUACUGUUGUACAUAUUAAAUUUUUCAAACAAAUCUUUGAAAAUCCAAGUGUUAUCACUUAAUAACAACUGAUCUAUUUCUACUUUGGCUAUUUCUUUUUGAAUUAAGAUAAUUACAAUUAAAAUAAUUUACCAGAGGGAGAGACUUUUUACAAAAGUUGAUUGCUUGGGUACCUCUGUCCCAUUCGUGUUUCAACCGUGAACCAGUUGUGUUUGCAUGGCUGUGUUUCGGUUUGAAGGGUGGGAUAUGGUGUGAAUUUACAGGGUACAGAGGAAUAACAUCUGAGUCCUCAAGAAUGGCAACGCAUGGGGGUAUCAUGGGCGAAACAGUAUACUCUGUUAUGUCCAUGGUACUGCUCAUGUGUAUAGGCGACGGUUACCACUUUCCAUCAGGAGGGCCGUCAGCUUGUUUGACAUUCUAAGUUGUAUUAAAAAAAAAUUACUAGUUAUCUUAAUUCAAAAACAAAUGGAACAAAUGAAAUAUUUAUAAGGGAUUUGUUUUUCGUCAAACACUGCAUAAUUAUAGAUUAUUUCCAGUGAUAAGUACUAAUCAAGUACUAUUUUGUAUUGUCUCCCUAAAUUAUUGUAGUCUUCCUUUUUAUUUUACUCUUAUUUAUAUGCAGAACACUCCAAUGGUGUUACCAGUACAAAAUAAAGUGUAUUAACUCAA